AAUAGAUAACUCAUCAAAAGCUCACAUCAACUCACUGAUAAGAACAGAUGUUGUCUCCUCAAUGAAUAAAAAGUAUCAUUAUACAAGUAUUUUUUGAGUUUCAAAGAGGUAAAUAAUUCGUUUUUAAAAAUGGAUUUGAAGUUCGUUCUUUUUUAGCUAUUUUAUAUUAGAGACUGACUUAAAAAAGUUUUUUUUUAAAUUUAUAAAAUUCUUCGCAACCAAUACUACGGAUUAUAAGUUGGAAAAACAGAAAAAAUGACAGAUCUUCAGAAUCCUAAAACUGUGCAUAAAAAGUCUAACACAAGAGCUAGUGAAUCUCAUCCUUCUCAAUAUCAGAAUAAUCAGUCAGUACCAAAUAAUAAAAUGUUUAGACAACAACAAAAGACUGAUCAAUUUAGUUUGUAUGAAGUUAUCACCAUUUUAAGUUGUCUGGUCUUUAAGAAAGCUUUUAAUGACCCUGAACUUGAACAUCCUCAAUUGCCCAGCCCUCCUUCAAAAGAUCUUAUAGUACUAACAUCAGAGUGGACUGAAAAAAUUGAAGAAAUAACUGAUCUGCUGAUGGAUUUAAGUACAAAGGAGAAGAAAAACUCAACUAUCAAUGCCUAUUUGAAUUUUUUACCUCCAAUAAUUCAUUUAGCAGAUAGCUUAAAUUCAAUAUUUGGAAAUGAGACUUCAAGUUCCCUCCUGAGCUCGAUUUCGUCCUUCUUAGAGGAAGCUUUUCAAUGUUUUUAUAAAUAUGUACCUCACUGUUGCUUAGCAUAUCUUCUAGGAAACAAACUAUACACAACGUACAAAGUCCGAACAUUAUUAAAAAUGUGUGUAGAAAAGGAUAAGUUAUUUAAUGAAAUGAAGAAAAUGGUCACCGAAAGAGAGGUUUUAGAUGAAAAUAUAAGACAAAUAUUCUUUAGUAAGAAGAAUGAAGCUUUAGUAAAUCAGGUUGAAGAUCUUUUUUCUGGUUAUAGAUCUGGUAUCUACGCAUUCGGAAUGUUCUUCCUUGGUGUGGUUAUCACAGCUCCCUCAGUAUUAGAGAACCCGGCAUUCCUAUAUAAACUUUGUCUAUUCAGUAACGGUGAAACAGGAGGGAGAUAUCAUGAAAGAUUUUACGGAAGUGAUGAUCCUUACAAUUUUACGACGCCAUCAAACGUGGGGAAAAACAGCCUUGGUCUUUCCUUACUUUUCGAAACAGCUAUGAAUGUUCGUGAACCACGCAUAAAAAGAAUGGCAAUGGAAUUUGUUCCUUCAACAAUUCCACAAUAUGCACUUGAAACUACCACUCUACUGGACUUUCACUAUGCGUAUAGAGAAUUCAAUACUGUAGUUAAGGAUAAAAAAUAUUCUCUAUACGAGACAUUGCUUAAAAACACCAAGGCCCGGAUGAGAGAAGUAAACAACUUCAUGCGUAGAUAUGAUGCAGGAAUAUGAUAGUAACAAUGCUAGCUUGGUAAUGGCGAACUAAUCGAAAUAUGAUUCAAAUGAAAUUAUCGAUUCAGCGAUCUUUUGGUAUUGAUUUUUUAACACUGUUGUGAGUUCGUGUAAAAAUUCCGAUUUCACCGUUUUCUGCCUUUGAAAGUGGAAUACUAAAACAGUUCUUGCUAAUGUGUCUUUCCAUUCUAAAUGUCUGAUAUUUUAUAUAUUAUUUCAUUGCUGAUAAUGUACAUGAGUUUAAUUCUUUAAAAGCAAUAUUUCGUCUCAUCCUGCAUAAUUUUUGUUAUUCUGUACACAGUGAAAAAAUUUAAAAAAUUACCGUACUGCA